GACCUUUGAACGAUUCGCCGGAGCUACAAUGGCACAACUAAUACGACCAAUAAGGCAAUUGUCGCCGCAAUGUAAUCACCAUUUUCGUAAUCUCCGCCAUUUAUUUUCGAAAAAGCUUCCGAACCCACCUUCUUCUAUCCCCACUCUUCUUCUCUUCUCGUCUUUCUCCACCGCAAAGUCUCCACCUCGUCGGCGAAUUCGUCCCGCGCCACCGGAAGCUUUAACUCCAACUGUUAUUGCUGAAGACGAUGGUGAUAGCGAUGGUUCCGAGUCUGAUUCGUUGAGGAGCCGUAACCAGCGGAAGCGUGAUGCUCGUCGUGCCGUCAAAUGGGGUAUGGAACUUGCUUCCUUCUCCGGUGAUCAGGUUAAACGGAUUCUGAAAGCUGCGUCGCUUGGUGAAGAGGUUUAUGAUGCAUUGAUGCUUGCGAAGAGACUAGGUUCGGAUGUUCGAGAAGGAAAGCGUAGACAUUUCAACUAUAUCGGGAAAUUGUUGCGUGAAGUUGAACCUGAUUUGAUGGACACUCUGAUUAAUGCCACGAAGCAGGGUGAUCACACAACGCUGCAGACACUGAUUAGUUCAGCGAAGGACGUCGCUGAUGAUGUUGGAGGCAGCUAUGAUGAUGAUGAUACAGAAACAGAGUCAGAAGAUGGAGAGGAGGGGUCAGACGAAUUUAUAGCUAUGGCUGCGAGGUGGUUUGAUGGCCUAAUCAGUCAAAAUGUGGAACUUACAAAGGAAGUGUAUUCUCUUCAGAGUGUUGAUUUCGAUAGACAGGAAUUGCGUAAACUUGUUCGGAAAGUACAGUUGGUUCAUGAGCAAAAAAAAGGCACAACAGAGGAGAAGCAGAAAGAAGUUGAGGCUGCAUUAGUGACUGCUGAAAAUUCUCUGAAACAAUUCCUCUGUUCCAUGGCGAAACAAAUGCAGAGUGAGCAGACUGAUUUGUACUUAUGAAUAACAAUGUGUUCUUGACUCUACAUUUUUUUUAAUCAAAACUCCAUUCUUUC